ACCGAAUGUUUACUAACACAAUACUAAACGGUCACGAACGUAACCAAACGAAUGAGACAUCUGUAAUUUCUUGUUCGUAAACGAAGAACGAGUCACGAACCGGCGUGUCCAACGUGCCACACCAUGUGAUCUACAGGGUAUGCAAGCUGAAAAUCAGAGAUGGUAUGAAGGAGCAUGGUGUGGUGCUUUAUGCUAUUCUAAGACUCGAAUCAUUUACAAAGUGUUUACGUUAUAAUGUACUCUAGGGGUUGGACCACACUUAUAGGUGACAUGGGAUAUGCCCUAAGUAGAUUGGAAAUCGACCCAGAUUAUUCUGAUAACGGAUCUGUUGGAGACGAUAAUGACAGCCACCAGUCUUCAUCACAAAAUGAUGUGGAUCCUGAAGUUGCUCAGUUAACAAAGCUGAAAUCAGCACCCCAUGAUGGAUUGAAACGCGUUCUUCCACGAAGGGGGGAAUUUGAUGUUUCGCCUGUGAAGAUGUUAGCGGGUCGAGAAGGGAAUUAUUCGGGUCGUGGGAAGUUUUCUUUAGCAGAUCGUUGUCAUAUGCUAAACAAAUAUUUACCUGUUAAAGGUCCUUCUAUUGUUGACCAAUUGACCACCCGGGCUUAUGUCUCACAGUUUUCAAAAGACGGGUCCCUUUUUGUUGCUGCAUUUCAGGAGUCCAUGCGUUCCAAACUGGUAAAAACUAGUUUUAUAUGGAAACGCGAGUUGCGAUGGAAACGUGCAUUGUGGUGGGAAAUAACAAUCGGGCGUUCGGUUUUGAAAGUGGAUGGUUUAAAACAUCAAAACAUUGUAUAUACACGAACUUGCAAAACAUCCCGAAGGGAAGUCAGAUUAAAAUUUAUAAUGCUGAAAUGGGGUGGAAACUUCACAAGAAAAUUGUUGCUGAAAGCUUUAAUUGGACGGUUACUGACACAUCUAUUUCACCAGAUAAACGUUUCCUGAUUUAUUCAACUUUGUCUCCUAUAGUCAACAUUGUAAAUAUUGGAUCUGCUGGAACAGAGUCUCAUGCAAAUGUCACGGACAUACACGAAGGGCUAGAAUUUGCAGCUGAUGAUGAAGAAGGAUAUGCAUUUGGAAUUUUUUCUGUAAAAUUUUCUAGUGAUGGUAGAGAACUUGUAGCCGGAAGUAGUGAUGAUUCAAUUUAUGUUUAUGAUAUUGAAGCAAAAAGAUUUUCCCUUCGAAUUCAAGCGCAUACGUCAGAUGUAAACAGUGUAUGCUUUGCUGAUGAAGCCAGCAAUCUGAUAUAUUCUGGGAGUGAUGAUAAUCUCUGUAAGGUUUGGGACAGACGUUCCAUCAGAUCAAAAGGAAAGCCAGUUGGAAUCCUCACGGGGCAUCUAGAAGGAAUUACACAUCUUGAUAGCCGUAAUGAUGGUCGUUAUUUCAUUUCAAAUGGAAAAGAUCAGACUAUUAAGCUUUGGGAUAUCAGAAAAAUGUCCUCUAAUGCGGCUCGCGCUCCUAUAUCCAGGAACUAUGAAUGGGACUACAGAUGGAUGGACUAUCUACUUAGGGCACGAGAUGUAAAGCAUCCAUCUGACCAGUCCGUUGCUACAUACAAAGGUCAUUCAGUAUUGCGUACACUCAUACGCUGCUAUUUUUCACCAGAAUAUAGCACUGGCCAAAGGUAUAUUUAUACUGGAUCUCAUGAUUCUUGUGUGUAUGUUUAUGAUUUGGUUACUGGGGCCCGGGUUGCAAGACUUGUGCACCAUAAGUCAACCGUGCGGGACUGCAGCUGGCACCCUUACUAUCCAAUGCUCGUCAGUUCUUCGUUUGAUGGAGAUAUCGCAAAGUGGGAAUUUCCUGGAAACGGAGAGAACCCGAUUCCCGUGAAUAACAGUAGGCCUCGACGACAAUAUUAUGAUUAAAUAAUCUACAAAAUAAAAUCUGUAAGUUUCUUUCCCCCUAAAGUAAAAGAUAAUAAUAAUAAUAAUCAAUAAAAGUAAAAGAUAAUAAUAAUAAUAAUAAAUAAUAAGGAAGAGAUGAAACAAACGAAUAGAGGAAAUGAGUUUUUGUUGUGCAGUAUACACCAUUCUUGUAUGAUUUGUCUCGUUCUAUUUCCACAGAAAAGAUUUUGUAUAUAUUAUAAGUUCCUUUUUCAUGGGAAUAACAUAAAUAUAUGUAUAAUUAUCUAUUUAUUGACUUAAAAGAUGUGUUGCA